AUGUUUUACAAAAAGGACAACUGGCACCAUUUACUUUUGAAGGGUGCUAAAGUAGACACAAACAUUAAAAAAGAGUGCUUUUUAACCACAGUCGUUGAAAGGCCUAACGUUGACGGUUACAAGGAUGGGGUGCGAAUGCCAACAAACAAGGGUGAUAAUGUUCCUGUCGAACCGGGCAAUGUUGACGCAAAUGGAGGAGACGACACGGAGGCCAAGAAUGUGCAAAGGAUGAAGGAAAAAUUGAGUGAGGGGCAUGGAAGCAUAGGUGAGUGGGUAAGAAGAAGUAGGGAAAAUGAGAGAUGGGUCUGGGCCAAUCAAGAUGAGAGAGAGGUAGGGGGCAAUGAAAAUGACAAAGAGGAACAGGGCAAUGAAAAUGACAGAGAUCCAGAACAAGAGGUGAUUGAGUGUGUAGAUGUAGAUGGUUUAGAAGAGAUAGAUGAUGAUGGAAUUGAAGAUUUACCUGAACAUUGGGAGGAAGGGGGAGAUAGUGAGGAUGACGUUGCUAGAGAAAUUGACAAAGGGAAAAGAGUAUUGGUUAUGGAUGAGGAUGAGGAUAAAAGUGAGGAAGGGGGAGAUAGUGAGGAUGAAGAAGGUUCUGAUAGCGAGGAUUCGAAUUAUGUUGGAAAUAGUGCCAGCUCUGACACUGAGGAGAGUUUGGUGGAUGAUUUUGAAGUAUCUGAAAAUAGUGAAGAGAAAGAUAAGGAUAUGGGCCUUAAUGAAGAUUGUGAGCCUCCAGAUGAAAGAGCAAUAUGUGAAGAGGGCUGCCCAUUCACCUUAUAUGCAUCGAGAGAUGGGAAUAAUGUGGGCUACAAGGUGAAGACAUUGUGCAAUGAGCACAGGUGUGGUAGGGUUUUCAAGAACCCUAGGGCAAGUGUGAAGUGGCUAGCCGAACACUUCAAGGAGAAAAUACAGGAGAGACCUAAUUACAGCAUAUGUGAAAUGAAGAAUGAUGUUGAGCGUGAGUUGAAGGUCCACGUGAGCUUACAUAAGUGCAAGAGGGCAAAGAGGAGAAUAGUACAACACAUGGAUGGGAGCUUCGUAGAUGAAUUCUCCAAGUUAGAAGCUUACUGCAAUGAACUGAAAGUGUCAAAUCCUGGGUCAGAUAUUAGUGUGGAGAUAAGUAACGAGGCUUUGGAACAAGGGAGAAGAGUUUUUAGAAGAAUGUAUUUGUGUUUUAAUGCAGCAAAGGUUGGUUGGAAAGUUGGGUGUAGACCAUUGAUUGGAGUUGAUGGAACAUUUCUAAAAGGUAAAGCUAGAGGAAUUCUAUUAACUGCUGUUGGUUUAGAUGCUAACGACUCAUUGUACCCGUUAGCAUUUGCUUUGGUUGAUAAAGAGAAUGGUGUGAAUUGCAGUUGGUUCAUUCAGUGGCUUAGGAUAUCACUUGAUCUUCACAAUGGUAGCAAAGUAACUUUCAUGUUAGACAUGCAGAAGGGAUUACAACAUGCUGUGACAGAGAUACUUCCAGAGGCCGAGCAUAGACUUUGUGCAAGGCAUAUUUAUGCUAACUGGAGCAAAAGGUGGAGAGGGAACGAGAUGAAGAAAAAAAUUUUCUCUUGUGCUUGGAGUACAUUUGAAGAACAAUUCAAAGACAAUCUCAAAGCACUUGGAGCACUUAACAAAGAGGCAGCUGAAGCAAUGGUGUCAUACCCUACAUCUGCUUGGGUAAGAGCUUCUUUCAGUAAUAGAUGCUUGUCUUGGGUUGUAGACAACAAUAUGAGUGAGAGUUUAAAUGCUUGGAUUGAUGAAUAUCGAUAUCUACCUGUUAUUAGAAUGUUUGAUGGGAUAAGGGUUAAGAUGAUGGAAAAAUGGGCUGGGAGUGAGCAAAAUGUGAGGAAUUGGAAAGGCAACUAUAGUCCAAAAUGUCUAGACUUAUUUGAAGCAAAUAGGUUGUUGUCCUCUACAUGUAGAGUUUUUUUCAAUGGGGAUGAGGGAUUUGAGGUGACUGAGGGACAAGAUAGGCACACAUAUGUCUCACUAGGAAAACGUGCACGUGCAGGGCAUGGGAUUUAA